CGCGUCAUGUGGACUCCACCUCUUCGUGAAAGUUUCUCAUACCCAUUCCUUGUGCUUCAGAUGUUGCUUUUGACCUAUAUUCUCAGGAUUCCGAAUAUUAAUACAGGAAGCUUGAUUGCACUGUGUGUUUCUAAUAUCUUUUUCAUGCUUCCCUGGCAGUUUGCUCAGUUUGUUCUUCUAACACAGAUAGCUUCAUUAUUUGCUGUGUGUAUUAUGGGUUAUAUUGACUCCUGCAAAUUACAGAAGAUACUCUCUGCUCAUAUGGUAUCUCUUGUAGUGUGUUUUAUUCUGAUGUUUGGUAAUUCAAUGUUAUUGACAUCAUAUUAUGCUGCAUCUUUAGUAGUUAUCUGGGGAAUUCUUGAAUUGAGUCCAAAAGUCUUGAAAAGCAGCAGAAGAGAAGUCUAUCUAUGGGUCAUUGAAGGAUGUGCCUGGUUAUUUGGGACAGUCACCUUGAAAUACUUAACUUCUUUAGUGUUUGGAAUAGCUGAUGAUGCUCAUAUAGGAAAUAUAUUAAAAUCUAAAUUUAUUGGCUACAAGGAUUUUGAUACAUUAAUGUAUACCUGUGCUGCAGAGUUUGACUUCAUGGAAAAAGAGACUCCAGUAAGAUACAUAAAGACUCUGCUGUUACCCGUUGUUCUGGUGGUUUUUGGGGUAAUCGUCAAAAGGGUAAUUAAAUAUCUUAUGUGGGUCUUAUCGCAGGCAGGCCAAUAUGAAAGAGAGGAACGUUUUAACCAUGGUGAGCUGGUAUACCAUGCAUUGCAGCUGUUGGCAUACAGUGUCCUAGCAAUUUUAAUUAUGAGACUAAAACUGUUUUUGACACCACAUCUAUGUGUUAUGGCUUCCUUGGUGUGUUCAAAACAGUUGUUUGGAUGGCUCUUCUGUAAAAUCCAGCCCAAAACAUUGGUCUUUGCUAUUUUAGCAUUGAUGGCAAUAGAGGGAUCAGCAAACCUUCAAACUCAGUGGAACAUCAUGGGAGAAUUUAGCAAUCUGCCACAGGAGGAACUUUUAGAGUGGAUAAAAGUCAAUACCAGACAAGAUGCAGUUUUUGCAGGAGCAAUGCCUACAAUGGCAAGUGUUAAACUGUCUACACUUCGUCCUAUUGUAAAUCAUCCUCACUAUGAAGAUGCAGGAUUAAGGGCCAGAACUAAAGUGGUGUAUUCCAUGUACAGUCGAAAACCUGCAAAAGAAGUAAAAAGAGAAUUGAUAAAACUAGGAGUGAAUUACUAUAUUCUGGAAGAGUCAUUGUGUGUAAGCAGAAAAAAGCCUGGUUGCAGUAUGCCUGAAAUUUGGGAUGUCGAAGAUCCCGCUAAUAGCGGCAAAAUUCCUUUAUGUACCCUUAUGAGCAAGGAUUCCAGGCCGUAUUUCAUCACAGUAUUUGAAAACAGCAAUUACAGAGUCUUGAAGAUUCCAAAGGAAUAACAUUUCAAUGCAAAGAACCACCAGUCUUUUAACUUUUUAAACUAGUAGCUAUAAGAAUUCUAAAUCAGAAAUACCUUUUCUACUAGACUUAAAAUGGAAAAAUGUGUACUUUAUUUUUUACCAUUUUAAGUGAAUUCUGAUUAUAGAAGUAUCUUAAACCUAACAGUUUGGAUUUCUAUUUCAGGGUCAGUCCCUUGAGAUUUGCUAUGCAAAUGAUUAUAUGUUUGCACAUUUUAUUUAACACUGAUCCAAAAAGAGUUAAAAGUAGCUAUGGAAAGUAACUCCAUUCUCAAAACCAAUGAUAUUGUGAAAUGGGAUUGUCGGAAUGUCUUAGCAAAGCAAGUUUGUUUAAAGCUUUGGUGCCAGUAGCUAGGAACAAAGGAAUGGUGCUGCAGCAUCUGGCAUCACAUUUCUCAUGUCACUUUCAUUACCCAUCUCCCUUCUGGACAAAGUGAUACUAGAAAUUCUCUUAAAAGUCAUGUAGUUUCACUAGUCAUGUCAGAGAGAGACAUUUUUUUCUUUUGAGAGGAUUAAGAACAUUUGUCAGUUUGGAUUGCUUAACACAUGCUUUUAAGCUUGCUUUUGAAAUGGAAAAGUUUGUAGGCAGACUUGAAACUUCAUUAUUUAGGUGCAUGUUCUUGGAAUCUUAUUGAUAUUAAAAAAGACAACUAAUAAGGGUAAUAUUUGCAGUGAGCAAUA